AUGACGGCCCACCACAGGCAUCAGGCGUCUCUCGAGCGCAUUCUCGAUUUCUCCCCGCAGGAGGUUCUGACUCCAGAGGAACGGGCACAGGCCGAAAAUAUCUUCUCCCAGUUUAUUAGCCACUGCGAACCUCGACAGAGCGCUCACCCAUAUAAGAAAGUAACGCUUGUUCGUUUAACCUACGAGUACUCGGAAGCAAAGGACAAGUUCUUGCAACAGUUCUUCAUUUAUCUUGGCUUCCAGUUCCAUGAAAAUGAAUCACCGACCUUUGCCAGUGGAGUGUCUCGAUUUCCUGACUUCGGACCAUCUUCUCCCCCAUCAAAGAAGAGGGAGGUCGAGGGAGUCUUGGGUUCGUUUGCGGAAUUUCUGUUUGGAAAUUUCUUUCUGCCGUUGAGAGCUGCGGGAAAUAAAACACCGCAACCUACACCAGCAGCUUUAUCCGCCAAGUUUGAGGACGUAGUCGGAACUCCUGCUAGACUAUCGAUUCUCCGACGUGAUUGUCUAAUCCGUGACCAUCACCGGUGUGUGGUAAGCCGGGUCUUCGAUAGAGAAGAGGCGGCGGAGAGAGUCAACAGAGACAGAUCUAAUGCACAAGACGAUGAUGGACAGCGGCUUGUCUAUGUCCCUGGCCAAUUUUCGUACCUCGAGGUAGCACAUAUCAUCCCACAUUUAAUCAUGUCAACAACCAGGGGAAACCAACCAGAGUUGAGCGAAGCCAAAAAAUCCGCCCUUGCAAUCCUCGAUAUGUUCGCUCCGGGGAUGAUUCAUUUGAUUGAGGGCUCGAAUAUUGACCGCCCAGCCAACGCUAUAACCUUAUCACCGGACAUUCACAAGCUUUUCGGUGACUUCAAAUUCUAUUUUGAGGCGCUGGAUCCUUCCACCCAUCCACCUUACACCUACAGGAUAGAUUCUAGGGAAACGAAUAUGUUUCUCCGUCCAGAAGGGCUACCAGUUACCCGAACCCUACUCCUCUCGCCAAAUCGGACCAUCGAUCCACCAUCGGCGAAGCUACUUGCAAUCCAUCGAGCAAUCAGUAUCAUCCUUCAUCUCAGUGCUGCUGGGGUUUAUAUUGACAAGAUCAUUAGAGAUAUGGAACAACUGUGGGCUAAGAGUGAUGGCUCUUCGGCAGUAGAUCACAUUGUCUCUCUAAAGUUAGGUGGUUGGCUUGGUGGAGUGUAUGGACACUCUCGAUCUACAAGCGGAAAUCCUGGAUCUAAAAGCCCGGCUUCGCGAAGUAGAAGACGAGAAUCAACGACUACGACAUCAACAGGGCAAACCUUUCCGUCUCAUAGACCUACCGCCUGA